UCAACAGCAGCAGCAGCAGCAGCAGCAGCAAAAGCAACAGCAACUCUAUCAACAAACAGCACACAGAAACAGCAACACAUACGAAAUGUUGUACUCCCACAACCAACACCCGCAAUCGCAAUCGCACUCGCACACGCUGCCCCUGGCGCUGCAUACAACGCAACCAGCAGCAGCAGCAGCGGCAGCAGCAGCAGCAACACGCCAGCAACAGGAGCAACAGCGCCAGCAAAAGAAGCGGCAACAUGCCGAACAUCAGCAACAUGCCAGCAGCAGCAGCAGCGCCAAUAAAACCAGCAGCAGCAGCAACAGCAGCAACAGCAGAUCCGCUGCACAGCACAUGGCAGAGGCGGAGCACGCCUAUUUGUCCAAUAUGUAUAGCAAGGCGGCUGUCAAUAUGCUCAGCCCGCCGCUGGCUGCCGCGCACGAGCCGCGUCGCAGCAGCAGCAACAGCAGCAACACCUUCGACUGGAGCCUGGCACAGCAGGAGGCGGCCUCGCAGCAGCAGCAGCAGCGCGUCGUGCGACGCGCUGCGCCUGUGGCGGCUGCUGUUGCCGCCGCCGCCGCCGCCGCCGAUGCGGCAGCUGUGCGUCAGCAGCGGCAGGCGAUAAUGCAUCGCAGGCACAGCAUUUGUGCGGCCGGCAUUGCCAGCCUGUCGCCGGCCUCGUCCACCAACUCCUCGUCGGCGGCAUCGCCAACGACAUCGGCAGCGGCGGCCGCUGCGCUGGCAGCGGCCUCCUAUUAUGGCGCCUUUACGGCGCCCUAUCAUCAUAUGAGCGCUGCGGCGGCAGCGGCAGCGGCUGCCCAUCAUCAGCAUGGCCAGCCCUCGCCGACGAUAUAUCCGCCGACGCCGCCGCCGUCGGCGCCCUGGGUGCAUCCCUGGUAUGCGGGCGAUCCCUUUUAAGCGAAAUCAAAAGCAAAAACAAAACAAAAAGUGAAAGAAAAAGAAGAGGAAGAGGAAGAAGAGGACGAAGUAGAAGAAGAUGAUAAACAAAACUAAAACUAAAAUGCGCUUCUCCCAUGUACAUUUGUAGUCUAUGCCUAAGUUAAUUUAUAUAUACAUAUUUGUUUAUCUGAUAAUAUCACAACACACAAUUAAUUUUUUUUUUUUUUGAUAAAUUUAAAUUUUUUUUUUUUUUUUUUGAUCGUGUUCUUGUUUAGCUUGUAAGUAGGUUAACUAAUUAUCGGGGCAUCACAUGCCGCAAAGUAAUUGGUUAUCGAUAGUUACACGUAGCGAACGUAUAUCGAUAACACAGACACAGCGCCAACUGGACUAAAAGAAACUAUCGUACAUUUUGCUAAAACUACAACCGUUUUCUUGUUUGAACGCAAAUUUUUUGUUGUUUUUUAAAACUGAGAACUCAAAGAACUGAUUACAUUAAAAAAAAAAAAA